AUGUCUUACACCACCCGCAAGAUUGCCGCAGCCAACACGCUCGAGCACCGCAUCUUCAUCGAGAAGGACGGCCAGCUCGUCUCGCCAUGGCACGACAUCCCCCUCUACGCCAACGAGCAGCAGACCAUCCUCAACAUGGUCGUUGAGGUGCCCCGCUGGACCAAUGCCAAGAUGGAGAUCUCCAAGGAGGAGCCCCUCAACCCCAUCAAGCAGGACAUCAAGAAGGGCAAGCUCCGCUACGUGAGGAACUGCUUCCCCCACAAGGGCUACCUCUGGAACUACGGUGCCUUCCCCCAGACCUGGGAGGACCCCAAUGUCGUCCACCAGGAGACCAAGGCCAAGGGCGACAACGACCCGCUCGACGUGUGCGAGAUUGGUGAGCUCGUCGCCAAGCCCGGCGAGGUUAUCCAGGUCAAGGUCCUCGGUGUCAUGGCUCUGCUCGAUGAGGGCGAGACCGACUGGAAGAUCAUGGUCAUCAACGUAAACGACCCAUUGGCCCCCAAGCUCAACGACGUCGAGGAUGUCGAGCGCCACCUGCCCGGUCUCCUCCGUGCCACAAAUGAGUGGUUCCGCAUCUACAAGAUCCCAGAUGGCAAGCCCGAGAACCAGUUUGCCUUCUCUGGCGAGUGCAAGAACAAGAAGUACGCCAUGGACAUUGUCCGCGAGUGUGCUGAGGCUUGGGAGAAGCUCAUCACUGGAAAGACCCCCAAGGAUGAGAUCAGCCUCACCAACACCACCGUUUCAAACUCGCCAGACCGCGCUGACGCCAGCUCGCUCAACAUUCCCACUGGCGAGAACAAGGCACCUGCUCCCAUCGACCCCAGCAUCGACAAGUGGUUCUACAUCUCUGGUGCCCCAUCCAACUAA